UCUUUAUCUUUACGCUCUCACUCACUUGCACAAAAUCAUGGCCGACAGAAACAGCCGGUCGGGCGUUAAGAGGAAAGAGAAGAAGGUGGAAAACAAAACAAAUGAUGACAAGGACAAAGAAAAGGAAAAGGGAAAGGAGAAGACUGUGAAAAAGCCCGACAAACUUGCGAAGAAGCCGGAGAAGACCCCCGAGCAGCCCAAGGCGGAUGAAGAGAAAGAGAACGGGCAAAGCGAAGGAGCGACCGGAGCAGAGGCCAACAACGGUGAAGAAAAUGGAGAAUUUCAGCCUAUAGAACUGCCGCCUUUUGAAAUCGUCACAGGGGAACAGAUGAGUCCGUUCUACUUCAAGUUUCAGUUCAGGAAUGUUGAGUACUCAUCAGGGAGGAACAAAACCCUACUGUGCUUCAGAGUGGAUACAGCAGGAGGCAGCACAGAGCCUUUGAAAGGUUAUAUGGAGGAUGAACAUGCCACAGCACAUGCUGAGGUGGCCUUCUUUCAACAGGUGCUCCCCAACUCCUCCCAAGAGUAUGAUGUCACAUGGUAUGUAUCAUCCAGUCCUUGUGUAGCCUGUGCCGCCAAGCUGGCAAACAUCCUCCAGCAGCGCAAAAAGCUUCGUCUCUGCAUAUUCUGCUCCCGACUCUUUGAGUGGGAGCAGCCAGAGAUCGUAGAGGGGCUUAAAGCUCUGCACAGUGCCGGCUGCAAACUGCGAAUGAUGAAGCCGUCUGACUUCCUGCAUGUUUGGGAAACAUAUGUGGAGAAGGAGGACCAGAGCUUUGCACCAUGGGAGGACUGUCAGGAGAACUACGACUACUAUGUGGAGAAACUGGCUGAUAUCCUCAAGUAGACGUGCACAGGAGCCUGAAUCACACACCGGUCUACUUGUGAAAUUCCCACUGGCUUGAAUGCGUGUUUCUUGCAGUCACAUCUGAUGGUGCAGAUAUUAGUUUGAAUGAACACUCAUGGCUACAUUUUAUACUUUUAUUUUAUUUUGAUAAUUUCAUAGGGAGAAACAAAAUGUUUGCAUUUCCAGAUAAAUAUAUCAAACAAUAUCCAACCAGUCACUUUAAAAGCAGUAACAUUCAUUGCCAAACCAUAUACAGCCUUAAAUAAGCUUUAAAAACGUUCUAUCUACUGACAUCUGCUGUUUGUACAGAGAACUGAAAAACUGAUGGAGGUUGAAUACACUGAUGAGCCACAAUAAUAAAACCACUGACAGCUGAAGGGAAUAACAUUGAUCAUCUCAUUACAGUGCAGUAUUCUGCUGGUAAACCUUAGUUUCGGGCUUUAAUGUUGAUGUACGUUGACACAAACCAUCCACCUAAACAUUGUUGCGGAUCAAUCACACCCCUAAUGAUAAUGGAAAUCCAUGAGGGCAAUGGGCUCCCCCAGCAGGACAAUACCCACUGCCACACCACAAAAACUGCUCCAGAACAGUUUCAGAAACACCCCAAAGCCCAGAUUUCAAACCGAUUGAGAAUUUAUAGGAUGCAGCAGAAAAAUCCUGAACUACGGAGGCCAAAUGCUGCCAAUGUCCCAGUGCCAGACACCACAGGACACCCUUACAGCUCCAUGUUGCAGAGAGUCAGAACCUUUAAUUCCCAUCAGGCUGGUGAUUUUAUUGUUGUGGCUGAUUGGAGUAAGUAUGUAAGUAAGCAUCAUGACAUAUUUACAGUAAUACAAUAAUUGAAAACUAACAAUGACUAAUGAUUAUCACACAAAUAAUGUUUCAUAUUUAACAGUGCUGUUAAUUCAAACAAUGAUGUGAAUUAAAAUAUGUACAAUUCCUGA